UACUGCAUUAAUGUGUGAUUAUAUGCGAAUUACAUAUUUGUAUGUGUGAUUAAGAUAUGUAUUUAAUACGCCCAGUCUCUAGCAAAACAAUGCAGGACUGGAAUUGAGUAUUUUUGAAUGGUGAUAUUACUACAACACAUAGUUUUGUGUUUAUUGUGAGAAAAUGAACUGGACUAAUUUCUGAGGACAAAGUUCACAGUCCAGCUGCAGAAAUGUGAAAAGCUACCAAAGUGGACAUUCAGUAUGUCUAUCAGAUCCGGAUGGUCUUGGCUCUGUUGUGCUGGAUAGCAGCAGCAGCAGUGCGUCGUGUACCUCUGCGCUCUGAUUGGCUGAGGCUGCAGUGAUGCUCUCUGCAUCCUGCUCCCACAGCCAGGACAGGAGGAGGGAGGGAGGGAGAGGAGCUGCAAGUGCGGCCGAGAAAUCAUGAUAACACAGGCGUCCAUAAUUAGCCCUGUCACCGUCUGUCCCCAGCUGGAAUAAGAUGUUUACCUUCAACAUGUUCACAGGAACAGAAGGAGCUGCUGUGGCCAACUCGUGACCGCUUCUUCUGAAAGAGAAACGUCCUCAGCGAAGCAAAGAGCCGGAUCACACCAUGUCCUCACCUUUACACCCCGCAGAGACCGAGCCCGUUAACCCGGAGACCACCAGCAUGCCCGUCGACGAUCCAGAGAGCAAAUUGAGCUACCAGAGGCCGGAUGAGGAGGUGGUGCUCGACCAGGGAGGAACGAGCUCUGUGCUGAACUUCCACUACGAGAGGGAGGAAAUAGAAAGCCACAGGACCCUGUUUGUGGGGGUGCGGAUGCCCAAGCAGAGCCAUCGUCACCACAAGACCCAUGGAUCCCGCCACCGAAGGAAAGAAAGACGGGCAGGAACUAGCUCAAACCAGCAAAGCCAGGAAUCUGAUACACCCCCGUCCAGCUAUGACACACCGUCCCAGAGGGUCCAGUUCAUCCUGGGCACAGAGGAGGACCCUGAACAUGUGGCUCACGAACUGUUCACCGAGCUGGAUGAGAUCAGCGUGAGGGAUGGCAAGGAAACCGACUGGAAUGAAACAGCCAGGUGGCUGAAGUUUGAGGAAGACGUGGAGGACGGCGGCGAGAGGUGGAGCAAGCCCCAUGUCGCGACUCUGCCCUUCCACAGCCUGUUAGAGCUCCGCAGUUGCCUCGCCAAAGGCACCGUGUUGCUUGACAUGCAUGCCGACUGCAUCGAGGAGAUCGCCGACAUGGUGCUGGACCACCAGGAAGCCUCCCACGAGCUGGAUGAAAGCGUUAGAAUAAAGGUGCGUGAGGCUCUGCUGAAGAAACACCACCACCAGAGCGAUAAGAAGAAGAACAUGAUUCCUAGCGUUCGCGCCAUCACAGAGGGAACCCGCAAACAGUCAGAGCCCCAGCUGACAGCCACGUCUCCACAGCCAACUCCAGCUGCAGAACCAGCUAAGAACACAGCUGGACACGACAGCGCUCAACCGGUCCCCCUCAGCAAGGUGGACAUGCACUUCAUGAAGAAGAUCCCAGUGGGGGCAGAGGCCUCCAAUGUGUUGGUGGGAGAGCUGGAAUACCUCGAGAGGUCCAUCGUGGCCUUUGUCCGCCUCUCUCCUGCUGUGCUGCUCAACGGCCUCACUGAGGUGCCCAUAGCUACCAGGUUCCUCUUCAUUCUCCUGGGCCCGGAGGGAAAGGCUCAGCAAUACCAUGAAAUUGGACGCUCAAUGGCGACCAUCAUGACAGACGAGAUCUUCCACCAAGUAGCGUUCAAGGCGAAGGACAGAGAAGACCUGCUUGCUGGGAUAGACGAGUUCCUGGACCAGUCGACUGUCCUGCCGCCAGGAGAGUGGGACCCCACUAUCCGCAUCGAACCACCUAAGAAUGUCCCCUCUCAGGAGAAGAGAAAGAUGCCAGGAGUCCCUAACGGUUCAGCCUGCCAGGAAGAUGAAGAACUACAUGCUGAGCAGCAUGGGCCAGAGCUGCAGAGAACUGGAAGGUUGUUUGGCGGUCUGAUCCUGGACAUCAAGAGAAAAGCUCCUUUCUACCUGAGCGACUAUUGGGAUGGACUGAACCUCCAGUGUGUGGCCUCUUUUCUCUUCCUCUACUGUGCCUGCAUGUCUCCUGUGAUCACCUUUGGAGGACUGUUGGGGGAGGCGACAGAGGGACGCAUUAGUGCAAUAGAAUCCUUACUUGGUGCAUCUAUGACUGGAGUGGCCUACUCAUUGUUUGCUGGUCAGCCUCUCACCAUUCUGGGCAGCACAGGUCCGGUACUGGUGUUUGAGAAAAUCCUCUACAAGUUCUGCAAGGACUACCAUCUGUCCUAUCUGUCACUGAGGACCUGUAUCGGCCUGUGGACGGCCCUGAUGUGCUUGACGUUGGUUGCCACGGAUGCUAGCUCUCUGGUGUGCUACAUCACUCGUUUCACAGAGGAGGCCUUCGCCGCCCUCAUCUGCCUAAUCUUCAUCUACGAAGCCUUGGAGAAGCUAGUCCACCUGGGAGAAGUCUACCCAUUCAACACACACAGCGAUCUGGACCAACUCACACUGGCAUACUGUAGGUGUGCCGAACCUGAUAAUCCCAGUAAUAGAACAUUAGAGCUGUGGAGUGAGAAAAACAUCACGUCGUCUGCUGUACCUUGGGCCAACCUCACUGUCACGGAGUGUAGCAAUCUGCAGGGUCACUUUGUUGGGACAGCGUGUGGCCACCAUGGCCCCUACACCCCAGAUGUUCUCUUCUGGUCCACCAUUUUGUUCUUCUCAACCUUCCUCAUGUCGGCCUUUCUCAAACAAUUCAAGACAAGUCGUUAUUUCCCCACCAAGGUGCGGUCCAUGAUCAGUGACUUUGCAGUGUUCCUCACCAUUGUCUUCAUGGUUCUGCUUGACUAUUUCAUUGGAAUACCGUCCCAGAAGUUGAAUGUUCCCAGCAAAUUCCAGCCCACCAGAGAUGAUCGAGGUUGGCUGAUUAAUCCAAUAGGAAGUAACCCAUGGUGGACGGUCCUGGCUGCUUUCAUUCCUGCUCUCCUUUGCACCAUCCUCAUCUUCAUGGACCAGCAGAUCACUGCUGUCAUCAUCAACCGCAAAGAGCACAAACUAGUGAAGGGCUGUGGGUACCACCUGGACCUGACGAUUGUGGGGGUGAUGCUGGCAGUGUGCUCCAUCAUGGGCUUGCCCUGGUUUGUAGCGGCCACCGUCCUGUCCAUUUCUCACGUCAACAGCCUGAAGCUGGAGUCGGAGAGCUCGGCUCCCGGGGAGCAGCCUCGUUUCCUGGGCAUUAGAGAGCAGAGACUCACAGGCCUCCUCAUCUUCCUGCUCAUGGGCUGCUCUGUGUUCUUUACCGGAGCCCUGCAGUUCAUUCCUAUGCCAGUGUUGUACGGGGUUUUCCUCUACAUGGGAGUCUCUUCAUUAAAAGGCAUCCAGCUCUUUGACCGCCUGAAGCUGUUCGGCAUGCCGGCAAAGCACCAGCCAGACUUUAUCUACCUGCGCCACGUCCCCCUGAGGAAGGUUCACCUGUUCACGAUCACCCAGCUCACCUGUCUGGGGCUGCUCUGGUUCAUCAAGACUUCGCCCGCUGCUAUCGUCUUCCCCAUGAUGGUGCUGGCGCUGGUUUUUAUUCGCAAACUGCUGGACUUGUGCUUCUCUAAGCGAGAGCUGAGUUACCUGGAUGAUUUAAUGCCCGAAUGGAAAAAAAAGAAUCUUGACGAUGCCUCCAAAAAGAUAGACGAGGAAUCGCAGGUGAUGCUCACUACAAACCCGGAAGAUGCAGCUCCAGUUCAGAUUCCAAUGGAGAGCACCAAGUCUGACCAGACCAUAAAAGCACAUGACCCCAGGUGUGACCCCUCUGAAAUUAAUAUAUCCGACGAAAUGUCUAAAACCACCGUGUGGAAAUCCCUCAACUCCAAUCCAAGGGACUCUCGUCCUGUGGCUGCUAAGAAGGAUUGAAGGGAUCACGUUCAUAGAUGAUUAAAGGAUGUCCAGAGUCCUGACAGGCUUGACUGUGUCACUUGACUGUAGUUCUGGACAUCAGGAUGCUGCUGCGAUUUGGCUGCAUUGACCGUCGGCCCCUUCAGUGCUUAGAGAAGCAGGUCUCAAUGAUUCGUACCAGCCUCCUGCAACACAGACAACAAACACUCGGAGAAACGGGUGCAUUACACUUGCGUCCAGAGAGACAUUCACAUUCUUUUACCUUUGUGAGGACUGAGUAUAUACCAAGCUAAAACGGAUCCAGUCUAACAACACAAAAAUCCAAUUCAAUAGCCCUGAUCAUACCUUGAGGAAGUUUCUAAUUUUCUGUUUUUCUUCAAAUAUAUAUGGAGGAUGUAGUUUGUGAUGCUGUUGAGCUGCAUUGAUAGAAGCGUUCCUUAUAUUUUGUGUAGCCUAUUUGUGUGAUGGGAACAGACCAAAUACUGGUUAGAUUUAUUUAGGUGUUGCUAAUAAACUGGCGGCGAAGCUUAUGAUGUUUAUGAUGAUAUCAGUAUUUUCAUUUUUGGUCCUCGCAAAGAUAUAAGAGCCUGCAGGCACACACACACACACACACACACACACACACACACAAACAGACACACACAUGCACACACCUCAACCUCUACCCAGGUUCCUCCUCUCGACUGUACAUUUAGCUGGGCUUCAUAACAGAGUGCAAAUGCUCCUUCAAAUAAAAACCAAGUUCUUUUUAAUAAUGUAGUAGGUCUACCAGUCACCAUUUCUUAAAUCUACUAGCCUAUUUAUUUCAUGGGACAUGCGUAUGUUCUUCACUUUUUUUAAAUAGUGAUACGAUCAGAUAUUUAGUAGCUUUUAUGAAAACAUUGCAGGUUCAGUAGAAAAAUCCUCAUUUUGGGGCGUAAAACUCUGUUGUCAGUAUUGUGUGAUGGUGUAAACUGAAAUCUGUAAAUGUUAGAAGAACCACUUCAGUUGAAGCAGUGGCAUCAAUAAUAAUGAUGUGGUUUUUUUAAGGUUCAUUUAUGGAUCUUGAUUGUGUAGGAUGGAGGUUGUCCAGCCAAAUGUUUGUCAUGUUUUAGUAAAGUGGCUCUUAUUUCUUUACCUCAGACAAGGUCGUGAAUGCUAAUGCAAGGCACUGUUGAUGACGCCAACUUGUGUUUGUGUGUGUGUGUGUGUGCGUGUGUGUGUGCGUGUGUGCCUUUAAGUGUGGGAUGGUAGAGCAUUUUCUUUCAAGCAAUAAUUUCCCCCACAGAAAACCUAUAUAUUGACCUUACAACAUGUCUUUCUUUUUAUUAUCCGGGUCCUUUUCUUAAGUGUAACCUUGUUUAUCCAUCCCUGGGUGGAAUAAUGUCUGUUCAGGAAAAUGUGAUAUUUGUAACAAAAAAAUUAUCACUUUACUUAUGUUUGCCGAAAAUUACACACUACUGAAAAGUGAUAUUUUGACAUUAUCCCUUAUGCGUCCAAAUGUCUCAGCAUAAGGUUUCACCCUAAUGCGUUCUAAUUUUCUACUAUCAGCAUCACAUGACAGUUGUUCUGUAUUGAUUUAGUUCGGUGUGGAGCUAAAGGGAGCAGAGAGAAUGAUCCUCAUAAUUAAAAUAACUUUAUUUGCAGUAGCACUUUCUGUAGAUAAAGACUUUGUGAUAUAUUUUAUUUUCCAAAGAUAUGUUAAGCAAUGAAAGGAUUUUACAAUAAUUUAUUAUAGUUAUUUAUUUUUCGAUAUUCAAAAUGUCAUGUCCUCUUCACUUUCUGAAUAUACUGUAAUGAGCAAAGGGAGCUGAGGGAGACGCUGAAGAAUGCAGCACACAAAUAAUAGGAAUGAACCACCACAGGUUGAUCUUACAUGGAGAGCCAGGCAGACAGGAGUAGUUUGUCUAAUAAAGUGAUUGUCACAUCAUUUUAUUGUUGAUGGAGGAACUGGAGAAUCCAGGAGCUGAUCAUAAAACAAUUACAUGAUUUUAACAAUUUAAUAAACUAAAUUGAUUAUUAACAAUUGCAUAAGUUUUAAAGAAUUAUCGUAGACUGUUAGUUACACAGUAAUGUCUAUCAAAGGGUUUGCUUUCACUCAACAUUCAAGACCAAGUGAGGCUGUUCACUUCUAACAGUUUGUUUUAUUGCUAAUGAAUUCCACAAUUUCUCAAUUCACAACGAAAUCAAUUUGUUUUUUCUUAUAGAGAUUACAUAGUUUACUUUGAAAUAACAUGAAACUAAAAGAAAAUCCCCUUAAAAUCAAACUUUCAACUAAAUUUUCAAUAAUUCUAAAAAGUAAUAGGGCCGCUGGCCCCAGCUGAAGUAUAAUUGGCCCCUGAAGUGCCCCAUCCUCUCAGUAGUCAUUUUUAAAUAAACUUACUAUAAGAACAAAUUGUUCUUAAACAAGGAAUCAUUUAACAGUUAACAAGGAAUGACAUAAAAGUCUAUCUUACUGAAUCAGAAAAUCUACAUAGAUGUUCACAUAUAAUUGUCCCCUCUGUAGACUGUGGCCCCUCCAUGGUCCCUGAUUACGAAAAAUCCUAUCCACCACUGCUAGCAAUAUUAACUCAUGUUUCAAAUCUUUAAUGUCCUUGUUGUACUGUCUAGUGAGAUAUCAAUUAGUGAAUUGUUUUGUUUACAAUGUAAUCAUUCUCAAGGCUUCCAAAUAUAGUCCCCAUCAUUUCCAUUCAAGGGACUUUCAAGCAAUGUGCAGUAAAACCUUGACCAAUACAUGAAUGAAAGUUUCAUACAGUGUGUUUGCUGUCACACAUGUGCUUUGACUCUGACAGAGUUCUGAAUGUGAAUGCUCAUCAUGUGUCUGAGGACCCAUCACUAAACAGCAUGACUAAAUAUUAUCCAUUGUGUAAAUAUACAUACAAAGCCUAAAAUACUGCAAAUACUGUAAAUUGAGGAAUUAACUGAAAUCAACGACAAUGGAGUUGACCAAAUUGUAAAAAAAAAAAAAACGUAACAUCUCGUGUCUAUGACCAUGAAUGUGCUGUAAUAGAAUACAUCAUCUAUUUAGGGAUUGUUAAAAUAAUGAGCAACAUGUGUCUUAACGUUGUGUUUCAACUCAUUAAUCUAUACGUGAAUGUAUGAUAAAAAUACAGUAAAAUGCCUUCAGUAUCUACACGUGACCACAAGCAGUCAUACAGUUAGACAUAUGUGGGUUUACAUAUAUGUGCUGUACAUGUGUGCCUGUCGCAGAAAACGUAACCAUUUCCUGUAGUGCUGAUAAUUUUAACCUUUGACCUUACAUCUCACCAAAAACAGACAUUUGAAACGUCAGUAAUGAGGCACAUGCUGUCGGGGAAAAGAACUUUGAAUACUUACUGUGUCUCAUUUUGGACAAAUGUCUUUGUUACACCAAAUUAAGCAAGACACCUGUGUUGCAAAUGUCCUCCUCACCUGCCUACUUCAUUUUUAUGUGUUGAUAUAACUGAAAAUUGUGCAUUGUGUGAGGCUGUGUCCCAAUGAACUAAAACCUGUAUCUGUGAGAGAGAGAGAGAGAGAGAGAGAGAGAGAGAGAGAGAGAGAGAGAGAGAGAGAGAGAGAGCGAGAGAGAGCAGAUGUUAUGUCCGGGUGAAGAAGAACAUCUGGACUGCUGUAAACUGAUUCCUACAGUCUUGGAGCCAUAGCAAGAGCAAAGGUUCGACCAACCACUGAACGACAAGACCAGCUCAAAAGAAUUAUACAUGUUUUAUAUGUAUGUGACAUUUAAGUUUUGAUUAAUGGAAAA